AUGGCGGUCUUCAAGAAAUUCUUCGAAGAUAUCAUCAGUAAAAGACAUCCUGACAAUGACACCGUCACAGUGAAGGGUAAACCCAAGCCUAAGUACUAUGGGACCGUCACCCCCCAUCCAAACUUCAGCGCCAGCAGCGACGCCUCCGUUCUGAACAGCGCCAUCGAGAGUAAAGGAGUGGACGAGGACGUGAUCAUCGCCGUCCUGGUGAGAAGAAGCAACGAGCAGCGGCAGAAGAUCAAGACCGUGUAUGAAGCGUCCACUGAGAAUAAGCUGGAGAAAGAUCUGAAGUCGGCUCUUCGCUCAGAUCUGGAGGACGUCUCUCUGGCUCUGCUCAUGACGCCGGCUCAGUUCGACGCCCACCUGAUGAGGAAGGCCACAAAGGGCUUCGGGACCAGUGAGGACGUCCUGGUCGAGGUUCUGGCGACGAGGUCGAACGAGGAGAUUCGAGAGCUCAAGGCGGUUUUUAAAGCAGAGUACGGAGAGGAGCUGGAGGAGGUCAUCAAGGACGAGACCAGCGGCGACUUCACCGAGGCUCUUCUGGCCAUGUUGAAAGCAAACAAAGACGAGAGUAGUGAAAUCAACAGGAAGCUGGCCGAGGAGGACGCAGAGACUCUGUUUGAAGCCGGUGAAAACACCAAAGGAAUCAACACGUCCACCUUCAUCAACAUCCUGACCUCCAGGAGCGGGCCGCAGCUCUCCAAGACGUUCGAGGAGUACGCCUGCGUCAGUGACCUCACGCUCCCCAAGGCCUUGUUCCUGGAGCUGAAGGGAGACAUCGAGGACUGUCUCGUGGACAUCGUGAAAAUAGCCUGGAACACAUCUGCGUUCUUCGCUGAGAAGCUCCACAAGGCCAUGGACGGCCACGGUACAUGUGAGGACACGCUAAUCCGGAUUCUGGUCAGUCGCUCCGAGGUCGACCUGAAGAAGAUCGUGGAGGAAUACAGAGCCAUGUUCGACGUCAGCCUUCAGGAGCACAUACUGAAUGACACAAAGGGACAUUAUCAGAAGGUUCUGCUGGGACUGUGUGGACCUCACUGA